AUGACUUCAGCACUCUUUCCGAAUGUCAUUUGGUUCGUAUAUCUCGCAUUGAGUCAAUUCACGCCAAUAUAUUCCGCCCUCCUCCCAAGGAUAUAUGCACCGUUUCCUUCCUGGAACGUCACAUCAUCCGCCCGACUCAGCACCUCCAACGCGACUCAGCUCUCCCAUCCGGGCUUCGACACGUCCGGAUGGUACACCAUCGGCUCAAAAGGCACGCUCAUGUCCACAUUGAUCCAGAACCACGUCUACAACGAAGCCGCUCUGUUCUACUCGACCAAUUUGCAAAACGUCGAUGCCAGUCAGUUCCGGGUACCGUGGUACUAUAGAUCGGAGGGAAACCUGGGACAAGAUAAUAAUCCCUCAUACUACUACACGCUCAGAACGCAUGGGAUCUCCUCGAGAGCUGAUAUCUGGCUCAACGGGAAGCAGGUUGCAGAUAAAGAGAUACAAGCUGGAGCAUAUGGCGGCCUUGAGUAUGACGUGACGAAUAAACUAAGCUUUCAAGGUGCAAAUGUACUGUUAGUCAAGGUCUAUCCGACCGAUUACAAUCGCGAUUUUGCUCUUGGUUUUGUGGACUGGAAUCCUUAUCCCGCAGACAACGGUACAGGAAUCUGGCGCGACAUCGAGCUUAAGAGGACAGGCCAAGUAAGCCUCGGUAGCCUUCGCGUCACAACGCGAGCGCUGCUCGACGGCGCGGUUGAUAUCUACCUUGAAGUCAAGAACGUGAAGAAGAAUGCUAGUGCGAGUGGGUACAUUGACUGCGCAAUUUACGACCCCAAUGGCAUCAAACUUGGGGCUCCGAGGUCGGGCUUCGAUUUGGGAGGCGGAGAACAAGCGACAUUCAGUCUUGAAGCAAGAGUGAACGAUCCGCAGGUUUGGUGGCCAAGACAGUGGGGUGAUCAACCGCUGUAUAGCGUGCAGUGCAAUGCUACUACAAAGGCUGGCGGCUUGAGUGAUGCGACUCCGGUAACGAGGUUUGGCAUCCGGACUGUCACGAAGCAAUUGGACGCUAAGUAUAACGAUACUACCUUUUACGUCAACGGCGAGCGGUUCCAAGUCCUCGGAGCUGGCUAUACCUCCGACAUCUUUCUUCGCUUCGACGAGGACAAGCUACGAGCACAAUUUCAGUACGUGCUAGAUAUGGGCCUCAACACUAUCCGCUUGGAAGGCAAACAAGAGCAUCCCUUCCUCUACAAUCUCGCGGACGAACUUGGUAUCAUGAUCCUCGCUGGAUGGGAAUGUUGUGAUAAAUGGGAAGGCUGGACUUAUAACGUCGAAGGCACUGGCGAGAAAUGGACAGACGCCGACUACAAUAUUGCGAAUCGUUCCAUACGUCACGAAGCGGAGCUCAUGCAGAGUCAUCCGAGCAUGCUUGGAUUCCUGGUCGGAAGUGACUUCUGGCCCGACGACCGCGCAACGCAAAUCUACGUUGACGCACUCAAGGCCUACAAUUGGAAUAUACCAAUCAUCGCAUCCGCAAGCCAGAAUGGCGCGCCCGACCUUCUUGGGAAUGGAGGCAUGAGAAUGGAGGGGCCUUACGACUGGGUGUCUCCCAAUUACUGGUACGAUAACCAGGGGCGACUUGGUAGUGCAGCUGGUUUUGGCUCCGAACUCGGUGCUGGCGUGGGAACACCUGAACUCGGAUCUCUCAAGAAGUUUCUCAGCCCAGAGGACCUCGGAGACCUGUGGAAGAAGGAAAGUAAAGAUAAAGGGCUGUACCACAUGUCCACGAACGUGUCGUCGUUCUACACGAGGACGAUAUACAACGAUGCGCUGUGGGCUCGAUACGGUGCGCCCUCUUCCCUCUCCGACUACCUGCUCAAAGCCCAAAUGGCAGACUAUGAAGCUACACGUUCUCAGUUCGAGGCCUACUUGUCUCGCUGGAAUAAAGCAUUGGAGCGGCCCGCUACAGGUCUUAUUUACUGGAUGCUGAACAAUGCGUGGCCGUCGCUGCACUGGAACCUCUUCGAUUACUACCUACACCCUGGCGGGAGCUAUUUCGGCGUGAAAACCGCUCUGGGCAAACUGGAGACGGCGGUUUAUGAUUACGGGGACAAGACCGUUUACUUGGUGAACAGAAAGUCAAGAUCGAAUGCACCAAAGUCAUCUGAUCGCACUAUAGACAUCGAAGUCAUUGGUCUGGAUGGACAGUCAAUUGUCAAGAAGAGUGUAGAUACCAUCACGGAUCUCAACUCAAGUCGCAAGAUAACUUCAGUGCCGGGACUUCUGAAUAUUACGGACGUGGUACUUCUCCGGCUUCGCCUCACAGGCGGCAGGAGAGUCUUAAGUAGAAGUGUAUACUGGUUGGCACCACAGGUUGAUGUUUUGGACUGGGACAACUCAACGUGGUAUCACACGCCCGUCACUUCUUACUCGGACUUCACAGCUCUCAACGCUUUGCCGACGGCAGGUGUUGACAUACGAGCACAGGGUACAAGAGUGACACUAGAGAAUAAGAGCAAGAUCCCCGCGGUGUUUGUCAGGCUGAAUCUAGUGGACGGGACUGGAAAAGACGUGGUGCCAGUCACUUGGUCUGAGAAUUAUGUCACGCUCUGGCCUAGAGAGAGACUGGAAAUCGAGGUCGGCUACGGGCGUGGGCAUAAUGGUGUUGCGAUUGAGGUGUCGGGGAACAACGUGAAAUCAAAAACAGUGAAGAUCGGUGGCGGAUAUUGA